AUGGUUGAAGUUCCUUCUUCAAAUAUAUCAUUAUCAUCAAUAAAUUCAACUUUGUCAGCUACAUCAAGACAGAAUAACAGUCGAAGAAUUCCCCAAGAACAACAAAAACAAUCCCGACGAGAUCCAAAAGAAGGUGAACAAGAGGAGGAAGAAUUAAACAUCACAGUUGCCGUACGUUGUAGAGGCCGUAAUGAAAGAGAGAUUAAACUGAAAAGUUCAGUAAUUGUCACCGUUCCAGAUAUCAAUGGAUCCAACGAAGUAUCAAUUAACACCACCGAUGAUGUAGGUAUUACAGCUCAAAUGAAUUCAAAAACUUAUACAGUGGACAAAGUAUUUGGUCCCUCUGCAAAUCAACAAUUGAUAUUUGAUGAAGUAGCGGAGCCUUUGUUUCUGGAUUUUAUCAAGGGUUAUAAUUGUACCGUGCUGGUUUAUGGGAUGACUUCUACUGGGAAAACUUAUACUAUGACUGGGGAUGAAAAGUUAUAUAAUGGUGAACUGAGUGAAUCAGCUGGGAUAAUACCAAGGAUUUUAUUUAAGUUGUUUGAUACUUUGGAAAUGAAUCAGGAAGAUUAUGUUGUUAAAUGUUCAUUUAUUGAAUUGUACAAUGAAGAUUUAAAAGAUUUAUUAAAUGACAAUAACAACUCUAUAAAUAAUAGUAAGAGUAACAUUAACAAAUUAAGGAUAUUUGAUUCAUCAACAGCAUCGAAUGUGAACGUUCCAGGUUCAAAUGCAAGUAGUAGAGCUAAUUCACGUAAUAAUUCCCCUCGAUUAAACCCAUCCACUUCUAACGUUGGUACCACAAAUAAUAAUUAUCUUAGAAGAAAAUUGAAAAGUUCACGAUAUAGUAACCCAGAGAAUAGUAAUAUUUUUACUUCUAAUGCUUCAUCAUCUGUGAAAAAUAUGACAAAAAACUCAUUUUUAUCUAACUCCAAAAACCAAACUUCAAAUCUAAACACAAAUUCAAAUACGAGAACUAAUCCGCCAAAAUUACCUACAUCAUCAUUAGAGACUCCACCACAAGAUGAUAACAAUAAUGGGAUAUAUAUCCAGAAUUUACAAGAAUUUCACAUCAGUAACGCAAAAGAAGGAUUAGCAUUGCUUCAAAAAGGUCUCAAGUACAGACAAGUGGCCUCCACUAAAAUGAAUGAUUUUUCAAGUAGAUCACAUACAAUAUUUACAAUAACACUCUAUAAGGAACAUCAAGGAACUCUAUUUCGAUUAUCCAAAAUGAAUCUAGUAGAUCUUGCGGGAUCUGAAAACAUAAAUAGAUCAGGUGCCAUAAACCAACGUGCUAAAGAAACAGGAUCCAUUAAUCAAAGUCUUUUAACUUUAGGUAGAGUAAUAAAUUCCUUGGCUGAUAGAAAUAAUCAUAUACCAUUUAGAGAGUCCAAAUUGACUAGGUUAUUACAAGAUUCAUUAGGUGGGAAUACAAAGACAGCUUUAAUUGCCACCAUCUCACCUGCAAAAGUAACUUCUGAAGAAACUUGUAGUACUCUAGAAUAUGCAUCAAAGGCCAAAAAUAUCAAGAAUAAACCUCAGUUAGGAUCAAUUAUUUCAAAGGAUAUUUUAUUGAAAAAUAUUACAACGGAAUUAUCCCAAGUUAAAUCAGAUCUGCUGUCAACGAAAUCAAAAGAAGGGAUUUACAUGAGUCAAGAACAUUACCAAAAAUUAAUGAAUGAAUUAGAUAACCAUAAAACUGAAGCAGAUGAAUCUAAAAGAAUCAUUGAAAGACUAUCAUCUCAAAAUGCAUUAUUAUUAAAAGAUAAAAGAACCUCAAAUGAAGUUAAUGAGUUACAAAGGAUCAAAUUAUCUAAAUUCCAAGAUUCAAUAAAUAUGUUACAGGAAAAAAUUGAAAUACAGAAUGGGAAAGAACAAAUGUUGGUGUCGAGCGUUUCUAAGUUACAAACAAGUUGCGAUACUUUCAAGAAAAUGAUAGAGAAUUACGAAUGUCAGCAAAUUGAUGUAAAGAGUAAGAUUGAACAAAUUCUGGAAGACGAUCUAUUAUCCCUUCGAAAUCUACUACAAGAUCAUCAAAACAAAAUAAAAACACUCAACUCUGGUACCGAUUUUGAUAUUGGUUCAAACCUAGAUAUGAUUCAAAACGAAGUGAUAAAAAUGUUAGGAACUACCCAAGAAAAAGCUGAGAAAACAUACAAACAGUUUAUUGAAGGCUUCCUAAAACAAACGCCAGAGAAUUUUAAAAAGAUAGGAGAAGAUAUUAACGAUAUCAACAUAAAGAUUCAAAAUCAUCACGCAGCUGUUGCUCAAAAUCUAUCAGAUAUUAGUGAAGAGUACAAUAAUUUAAAGCAAUAUUUAAAUGAAAAUUUAUUCCAAAAUAACCAUGAAGACCUUAUAAACGCACACAUUAAUAGUACAUCUCAAACCCUUACGAACUCAGCGGAUGUAUUAUUCAACACUUUCAAGGAUAUGAUGAAUAAACAUUUAGAAUCCAAUAGGAAUUUGAUGUUGAAUAGCUUUAAAGCAGCUACUGAUGAAGUUAUAAAUAAAGAAAUGGAACUAUUUAUUCCAAGGAAAAAGAAAUGGGAAGAGUCAAUCGAUUUAAUAAACCAGUGUGAUUCUCUCAAUAAUGGGUUCCAAAAAGAGGUGACGGACGGCCUAUCUUAUACACGGAGUAAAAUAACUGCAUCCAUCAAUCAAAUGUAUGACAACUCUACCCGUCUAAAAACAGAGAUGUCUGCCGAUAAUGGUGGAUAUAAUUCGAUUAAUACAAAAAAUGUGGUAGAAGAUAAUCAGAUAAUCAGAACACAAUUCAAUGAGCUGGCACGCAAAAAUAGUAUAUUUCAGGAUAAUGUUGAAAAUUCACUGAAAUGUGCAGUUGCUUCAGUAAAUAACUUAAAUCACCUGGAAGACUCAAUAAAGAUGGCAGUUAGAGAUACCCGAAUAAAAGGCGGACCAACGGAAGGAGAAGUAGGAGUUCCUUUCAAGAAAGAAAAUGGAAAAGAAGGUCCCACCAAACCAGGUCUACAGCCUUUACAACCGACGAAUGAAAUAUUCUUAAAUUCACAACAAGACCAACAACACACUACAAACGGUCAUGGCAAUUAUAUUAAUAAGGACAAUGAUAAUAUUAAUCACAAAUCCAACAAUAGUGGUAAUGUAACAAUAAUAAAACACUCCAAGAAAAGACAAUUGGAAAAAAUAGAUGAAAAAAACGUGUCUAAUAAAAAAAUAACCUCCAAUAAAGGGUAA